UCGCCCUGCGCGCUGCGCCCUUCGGUGUCCUGGGAUCUUGCCUUCUGGCUGGAGUCCCUACUUCCUCCUUAGAGGGCAGCAGCGGAGCGUCUCGGGGACGCACGCGCCCCAAUUUACGCCCGGGGAAUUAAAAAGAACGAGGACAAAAAGCCCCAACGAAACACACGCCCCGAACACAACUCAAGUGGAGCGCGGCUCUGGGUUCUGGGCGGCAGAGGCGCCUCCUCCCUCAACCGCGUCCCCGGCCGCGGCGUGAUGCGCACGGACCGGCCCGCGACGCCCGGGCCGCGACUAUCCCCGCACCUGGACGCUGGCCCGGUGGCCGUGCCCCAGCCGCGAUCGCUCGCUGAGGCGGUUUUCUCCGAGUCAGCCAGCAGUGGUGGGGGACCUCGCUCUCCAUGGGGCUGAGGGACUGGCUGAGGACCGUGUGCUGCUGUUGCCCGUGCAAGUGCCUGGAGGAGCCCGCCGUGCCUGAGAAGGAGCCUCUGGUCAGUCAUAACAAUCCAUAUUCCUCAUUUGGAGCAACUCUGAUGAGGGAUGAUGAAAAGAAUUUGUGGAGUGUGCCUCAUGAUGUGUCCCACACAGAAGCAGAUGACGACAGAAUCCUGUACAACUUGAUAGUCGUUCGUAAUCAACAGGCCAAAGACUCAGAGGAGUGGCAAAAACUCAACUAUGAUAUCUAUACCCUGCGGCAUAUUCGAAGGGAAGUAAGAAACAGAUGGAAACGCAUUUUAGAAGAUUUAGGUUUUCAAAAGGAAGCAGACUCUUUAUUGUCAGUUACUAAACUCAGCACCAUCAGUGAUUCUAAAAACACAAGGAAAGCUCAAGAGAUGCUGUUAAAACUGGCUGAAGAAACCAGUAUUUUUCCAACAAGUUGGGAGCUCUCAGAGAGGUAUCUGUUUGUUGUGGACCGUCUCAUUGCUCUUGACGCUGCAGAAGAGUUCUUUAACAUCGCCAGGCGAACUUACCCCAAGAAGCCUGGGGUCCCAUGCCUGGCAAAUGGCCAGAAAGAAGUACACUACCUUCCAUUUCCAAGUCCCUAAAGGAACGGCUUAGAUGCAGAAAUGAAGUUCUUCUACUGGGACUCAGCAGCCAACCAAAGUUGGACAGUGAUAUGUGAACAAGUAGAGGGCUGGCUGAGUGACAGAUGAAGGACUCUGAAUUCUGCUCGAUCUGAGGGUCUGGGUAGUUGAUCUUCAUGAGGCCUUACUCUGUGAAAUGUUCAGGUGGCACCCACAAAGAGAGUUAAAGAGUCAGUGGGUGGGCCAUUUCAUAAUGGGUGCUUAGAUUCCAAGAGAACCCAUUGCCCCAGUUUUGAUUUUUUUGGUUGUAUAAUAAGUUCUAACCAUUAAUCCUAUUAGGAACAUGGGAUAUUCUAGUUAAUGAAAUGACAUGAUUGAUAGAACUAUCAUAGAGUCCAAGUAUGGAUUACCCCCUUUGAAAGAAUUUCGUGUAAUAUAGGCUAACACCAAAAUAAUACUAGGCCUAAUGUGACCUUUCUUUGAUUAAAAAGAAUGUAUAGAAACUUGAAGGGUAUCGAGGCAUCCUUUUGAGUAUCAGUUAUGAUUAGUCGGAAAUACAAGUGUAUCAGAUAAUAGAGAGGGUUCGGAGAGUGCACCAGAAGUGAAUUCCAAAUAGACUGCCCACAAGCAGGGCUUCCUGCACCUACAUGUAGCAAGUUCUGUCUUCGGUUAUGGUGCACACAUCCUAAAUUCUCAUGUUAUCAAGAGCAGGUUGCCUCAUUUUUGUCAUAUUGUCCAUUUCUACUCCAGAAGCCCUUGGCAUUUUAUCUGCAAGAGCAUCUGUAAGCUGGAACACCUGGCCUCUACUUCCUCCUUUUCUCUUUGGUGUGUUUCCAGCUUACUUUAUGCCAGUAAGAGAGUUGAACCUGCCCAGGGACCCCUCCUGCAGACUUAGAGCUGAGUAGGGGGUACUGCCUUGCAGAAGGUCACUGCUGAGCUUUCUUCAGUUCUGCAAAGGCUUCUCCAAAAUGAAGCGAUGCUGCCAGUGCAGCUUGUUUCUCCCUACAGAUUCAGAAGUCCAGUUUCAGAAGUUACUUCUAUUUAAGCAAGAAGCCUGCCCGGAGGUUGUGGUUUCUUUUUAUUGGAAAGACUUUAAGGACUUCUAGGAAUUAUCUGUAGAUUGCUGUGAAAAAUGACCAUAUUUUUACUUUUACAGAUUUUUCACAUCUGACUUCAGGUUUCAAAGUAACUUGUGUUUAGUGAGUCCAGGGAAUUAUGACUUGAAAAUUUCCAUAUCCUGAGUAAAUCUUUUGGUUGUGUACAAAAUGUUUAAAAUAUUUGUUAGAAGAGGUCCAUGUUCUCCACUUAUUAAAGCAUUGCAAGCCAACUGAACUGACAUGCUUCAGGAACAUUUUCCCUAGUUUAGUAAGUAAGCUAAACUUUAAAAAAUGUAUAUUUAAUGCUUAUUCCCUCUCUCAUAUUGUUUAAAUUAUUCUGUACAUAUUUUCCCUCUCUUUUAUAGGCUUUUGCAAGAUAAACAUGCAAACAGUAACGCACACAAACAAUAAAACAAAAAAAUCUUUGAAAAUUAUAUUGUUUUAAUCUUUGUACUAAAAAUUUGUAUUUUGUCUUUCUGCCUUUUUUAUGUCAAAAUAAUAUAUGAAAAUGUUUGCAUCUAUGGAGAAUAAAGUAUUACCAUAGUCUUUAUUUUUAGUAAUGAAUGAAAAAGGAUAAGAUCGUCUCUAUGAUUAUAAAAACACGUGGAAUUAUCCAGGACAUUUUCCUUCCAAG